AUGUCCCUCUCUGCAGAGACCGAGUCGAGACUGCUCAACAAAUACAAGCUCACCACCCUCUACCCGGACACCUGGCCUCACAAGGACGAAAGCUCCGAUGAUGAGGACGAAGACGGUCAACAGCAGCUGAAUGGCGGACCAGUACAGGCAGGCUCGAAAUACCGCAACAUCGACCGACAUGCUUCCAUCCGCUCCACAGGCAGCAUCGGCCCCGACAGUAUCGUGCAGAAAGACGAGCCAGAUCCACUAGGCAUGGCCCCGAGUGUCGCCGCCGAAUUGAGGAAGAGAGGCGUACCCGUGGAAGACGACCUGAGACUCCGCAACAGAUUCAUGCUCAGCUCGACCUCCUUCUCUCCCGCUCUCUUCCUCUCGCAAGUCCAUCAGGAAGCCAGUACAGAAGAUCUGCUACGCGGUCUGGACUACCUCAGCCGGAGCAUCGAGCAGAAAUCCGCUUCGCUGAAAGUCCUAGUCGAGUCGAAUUUCGAAAAGUUUGUCAAGGCCAAGUCGACGAUAGAUAAUGUCUAUACCGAGAUGCGUACCCAAGGUGCCGAUGCCGAAGCGCCGGCGACACCCAAUCUGAGUUCACCUGGAGGACGGCGGGCAGGGCAUUCGAGAUUGUCGAGUAGGAGUCAGACGCACUUUCGUAAUACCAGUGGACCUUUCUCUCCCACGCUUGGAGCCAUACCUGCUGUUGUGACGGCGAAGAAGAAUGCUCUUACACGAGAAUCUGAGUAUGGAGUCCUGGGCAUCAAAGUACCGUUACAAGAAGUCGCGAUCAAGGCGGAAGAAGUAUGGGGACCGGCGAUAGGUGGACGGGAGAAGGAGGAGACGUUGAAAUCUGUCCUGGGUGCUCUGGAACAGUACCAGGAGACGUUCAAGCUGGGUAGUGUGGUUCAUGAGGCAGUCAAGAAAAACGACUACGAUACUGUGAUCGAUGGAUGGAGGAAAGCGAAUCGAGGUGCGGAUCAAGCAAGGCAGGUGGCGGAUCUGGCGCAGAGGACCGGUGUCCCGAUCGGCGAGCAGGAUGCCCAGCAGAUCCUCAUCCAAGCCAAAGCAUACCACGACGUCUCCACGCAAGUCGAGACCUUCAAACGCGAUGUCUGGCGGCGACUGAAAAGUAAUCAUGGCCGCAAACCCGCUGCUGUGGCCGACGAGACGGAUAAGGAAGAGCACAUGGAACUCAUCGGCGUCUUACUCCAGCUUGGCGUGGAUGAGAAUCCUAUCUGGCAAUGGCUCAACAGUCGUUCGCUUUAUCUGAAGGACAAAAUCGCUCGGUCCUUUGAGCGCGCAAGGAUUGAGAUUGAGAUCCAGCGUCGACGAUUGGCGGCGAAUGAUAAGCAGGAUGGUAGACAACUAGCGCAGUAUCUUCGCUCGGCCUCCAAUACUGGCUCCAUUCUUACAGCUAGGGAUAGUGUGAAGGAGAUGGAUACGCCCGCUACCCUGGCAUUCUGGGAGAAAGUCUUAGCUUCCUUCCGCUCCCUGUUGAGCCCGCAGAGUGGGCUGUUGGCUGAGAUCCUGGACUUCUGGUCAACUGCCCAAUCGUUCAUCGAUGGUAAAGCCCAGAAUGUUUUCCCCGGUGCAGUCCUCUCAGCGGGGAUAGAACAUCUCGAGCUCGAACCAGAUGAUGUAGCUAAUUUGCGCGAAAGCGCCAUAGCACUCGUGACUCAAUUGCGUGAGGCGAUCAUGGGGUUGUUUGCCGAUACCCCGGUGGAGGAUCUGAGUGAACUGUAUAGUCCCAUCCCACCUACACCCAUCACGCCCGACUCCGCAGGGAGCAAAACACCCGCUGGCUCGGGAGCGGUAAGGAGGACCUUCACCUUCGACGCCCAGGCCGUCCCGCCUCCGAGUCCCAUGAAAGGCGAAGCAUGGGAGAAAUUCGCCUUCUGGCCUCCGUACGCCAACUCCCUCUCCGGAGCCCACUAUCUCAGUCUCCUCCUCACCGUCGUCGGCACAGCGGCGGCGGAGCUGGCGGGACUGGAAGUUGUGAAGCAAUCUAAGAAUACCGAGGGACUCAAAACUCUCGUCUCGGCCGUCCGCGAACGCAGCAUCGCCGCCCUCUGCUCCGCCCUCGCCACCGACGCCGAUCGAACAAAGUACCUCGAACUCUGGCACCGCGCCCCGGAUCGCAGGGAUCUGACGACUAUGCCCGAGGCUUUUCGCGCGUGGGAGGAGAGGGUGUUGAUCGGGUUUCAGAAAAUCGCGUAUGUGAGUGAGGUUGUGGCGGUGAGGGGGACGAGGGGGACUAAGGAGGUGGUGGUGCCGCCGCCACAGAAGUUGGUGCAGGUUGUGAGGGGGACGGUGGUGACGAGUUUGUGGAAGAUGCUGAGUGGGAUGGUUGAGGGGGCUGAGAGGGAUGGGAAGGGGAUUGGUGGGGUGGAAGGGGACGGGGUUGUUGUUGACGGGGAGGGGGGAGGAGAGGUGGGGGGUGAGAGUGGGGGUGGGGUUUUGGAUGCUGGGAACAAAGUACUAUUUGUGAGGCUACGGCGGAUGAGAAUCUAUGUGCUAACUUCGCGACAGAAUAUCCGCAUCCUCAUGACGUUGUCGAACCUAUCGCAUUUGCGGGCAGAAGUCAUCCCGCAUUUGAUCUCGGCGUUUGAGACGAACUUCACCGUCACACUAACAGACGACACGAAGACGAUCCGCGACGCCCUCGGCCAAAUCGACGCCCGCCUCUUCCAAUCCUACGUCCGACCCACCAUCGACUUCAUGUCCAUCCAAAUCCACGACGGCAUCAAUAGCCCCUCCUGGGCGCCCGCAAAGCCAACCACCACCACCACACCUCCGCAAAACGCAAGCCCGUACAUCUACACCCUCCUCCUGCACCUCGUCCUCCUGCACACCGAAAUCACCACCACCACCUCCGUCCCCACCCACCCUUUACUCGCCCAAAUAAUGACGUAUCUGCUGGAGAAAUCCUCCUCGAUCUUCCUCUCCACCUUCCAAUCCGCUUACCAACACUACUCCCUUCCCAUGCUCAUGCAAGCCACAUUGGACGUGGAAUUCUGGGCCCAGACCUUACAACUGUUUACGUCGGAGAAGGCGGCCGAGGUGCAGAGUCAAGUCUAUUUGGCCCUGGAUGAACGGACGGAUGAGAGGGGGAGGGGGGAGUUGCAGGGGGAAUUGGGGGGGAUGAGGGCGGUGUUGAAGGGGUUGAGGGAGGGGAGUAAGGGGACUUUUGGGUGUUUUAAGAAGGAAAGGAGGGGGAGGGAAGGUGGGGUGGGGAGGGGUGGUGGUGGUGGUGGUGGUGGUGGGAGUGCAGGGGCCAGUGGAGGAGGAGGUGGAGGUGGAGGAGGUAGCGGUGGACGUGCAUCUGCUCAGGGGAGCGUGUCGGGGACGGGGAGAGGCUAG